AUGUAUAUAAUUUUGAUAUUGUUGUAAUUUGUAAAAUCAAAGGAAAUAUUUAACUUGGAGAUUGAUAAAUCUUACAAAUUCUAUGGGUAAUCAUAUUGAUUUCAUAAAGGAAAGAGAAGCACCAAACUCAUGGCUUAACUAUCCAGUCCAUUAAUAUAAAUUAGAAAUUCCACAAGAUAUGGAAAAUUGGGACAUUUUUGUAAUUUUAAUUCCCUAAAAUGAUAUACGUAUACAUCCAUCUCUUUAUAUUUUGAAUGAUGUUUAUAAGUAAAUCUAAAGAUUAUUAGAGAUAGACUUUAAACAAAGGAAUGCAGAAGUUCGAAUGAAAUUAUCUGUAAAUUUCCUACUGACUUGAGAUCGAAAGAAUAACUUAUAUAUUUUAUUGCUUUUUGUGAUAUCAGUUGCUACUAUGAACUAAAAGUUAUUAAAGACAGUGUUGAUGUCUAUUUAAGUGAUUUAUUUAUGAUUGGAUUUAAAGAGGAAAUAUAUUAAAAACUAAUUAGAGUAAAUCUAACUAAUUUAGAAUACGAACGAUUUUAAAUAAGAAUAUUUGAUAUUUAGUUGCAUGAAAAUGUUAAAAUAUACAUGAGUAUGAAUGAGACUAUAUAACCAACUGAAGAAUUUGAAACUUAUUUUUAGUAUAAUAAUAACUUGAAUGAAAUUAGAAUCUGUUUUUGGUACAAUUUAUCAAAUCCUUAUUAUGAGAUGGCAAUGAUUAUCUAAUCUUAAGGAUAUUUAUUAUUGGAAAAAGAGAUAUUUUAAAAAAUUCACAGUAUAAGUUUAUAUGAGAAAUUAUCAGAUAUAAUUAUAAAUGAUAAAAUCAAUUAUUAUUAAUUGAGCAUUGAGGAUUUUAAAGAUAAAUUAUUGAUUUUUGAAAUACUUUCUAUAAAUGAGAUAUUAUAAAUUUAUGUAUAACCUUGCAUAGAAAAUAGAUGUAAAUUAGAUUAUAGUAAUUUUGAAUGGUAAUUUGAAUUCAAUCAGGCUAACAAUUAGUUUAUUAUUCCACCAUAAAAAAUGGUGCAUACAAAUGUUUAUGUUAUAGCAAUUAAAUCAAAUCAUUAUUAAUAUUAUGAAUUUGUAACUAAAUAGACUGAUAAUUUAAGGGAGAGAAUUAAAACUAAAUCCUUUUUUUAUAGAGGAUUUUUAUAGAAGAAUUAAAUAGCUUAAUUUUUAUUAUAGACAAGUUUCCAUAUUGAAGAUACAAAAAUAAAUAUUUAGGGCAAUUUUGCAAAAGGUCAUGGUAUUAUGAUAGAUAAAUAAUGUAUAAAAGAUUCUGAAGAGAUAGAAAUACUUAAUCCUGAUGAUAUAUUUGAAUAUCUUCAAAAUGCUGAUUCAAAUAAUUAUUAUAAUUGUUCAAUCACAAAAGAAAAAAUAAAUAUAAUUUCAUAAGAUGUUUAAGAGUAUCAAAAUAUAUUAUCAUUGCCCUAUAAUCAAACAGAAAGUGAAACAAAUGUAACUAAAUUUUGGUUCGAACUAAAUUCUUUUAAUUACCUUUAUGUGAUAGCAAUUUACUGUUUGGCUGAUUUUAUGGAAUUCUCUAUUAAAAUAAAAUCGAACUCUCAAGUAAUCAAAACCUAAAAUCUACCCUCUUAAUAAAUUAUUUCUUAUACAUAUUUAAUGGAAUGGAAAUCAGAUAUUUAUACUGCAUUUGUGAGUGGGAUGAAUCAAUAAGAAACAAUAAUCAGUAUAGCUACUUAUGAAGGUGAACUAGAUGUGAUUAAUAAGAAAGCUUCUAAACAAUAGAUUAUAUCGAAAAAUGAAUUCAUAACUUCUUUAGAUUUACAUGUGAUGAAACCCAAUAAUUCAGAAGCUAAUUCCUAUACAAUACAAGUUCAGGCUAGAAUACCUUCAAAGUAUUCAUACAUUGAAACUAUAAUCAAUAAAUCUUCCACUAGAAUUUCGUAUAUUAAUUUAGUAUAAGCAGUUCCAUUCAAAACAUUAGACUUGAACCUUUACUACAAUUUUUAAGUUACUGAGAUGGCCAUUCUUUACAUCAAUCUAAAAUCCUUAUAGGGUAACUUUAUUUGUUACAUACUAAGUAGUGAUAAAAUUAUUGAAGACUUUUCUUUUAAUAAAUCUAAUAUAUCUCUCACUAAUACCUAAUAAACUAUAAUCUUUGAAAAUCCAAAUUGGUUUUAUUAUCUUUAUGUGAAAUCAAUCUCAAAUGAUGAAAAUGAAUCUUAUCAAAUAAUGUAUUAUUACUCAACCUCAUUCUUAGAUUUAUAUCUGGGAAGUACUUUUUAUGCUAUGCUUAAUGAUUAAUAAAAAAAUUAUUUUUAUUUCUAAUCCUUAUAAAACUAUCAGAAAUUAUACAUCAUUAGAACCUAUUUAUCUGAAUAUGAUUAAACCAAUCAGCUUUAGAUUUAUAUCAGUUUAAAGUAUUAGUACCCCAAUCAAUUUAAUUAUUAAUACUAAAUAUAGCCAAACACUAAUUACGUAUCCAUUUUUAAUAUUGAAUCCAAUCAGAUCCUUUAUAUUGGAGUCUAUAGCAAUGGAUUUAAUCAAUAUUCGUUGUUGGUACAAGAAAUGAAUUCACCCAUUGAAUUAAAAGAUAAUAUCUUGUAAACUAGUCCAACUCUAGAGUAACAUUAUUAUUACUUUUAUUAUGCGAUUCCUAAAAAUUACAAUGAUUCAAUCAAGAUUUAAGCAUAUACUAAGUUUAAUUUAAUUGAAGUGUUCUGUAACAUAAUCGAAUUCGAUAUUUAAUAUUUUUAGAAAGAACGAUAUCCGAUGCCAGAAAAUUAUUAAAUCAAAGAAUUAUUUAGUACUAGUUCCUCUAAUAAGUUACUUUUCAUUAAUUAAAAUAAACUAAUAAAAUGCAAAGAAAAUGGUUGUUUGUUGCUUUUAAGUAUUUAUGUCUUAGGUAAUUUUGAUCAUUUUAAUAUAAUGGUAUCAACCAAAUACACAGUUCUAAGAAAUAUGGAAAUGAUAAUUGGAUAUACUAAUAAUAAUAGUAUGUCCUACUAUUACUUUGAUAUAAAUGAAGAAAUUAAAGUAAUAUAAGUUACAGUUAGGGCAAUUCAAACAUGUGAUUAUCAAAUAUACAUUUAGAAAUUUAAUUUAGAAAGCUAGAUUGUUUAUCCUAAUGCUGAUUAAUAUACAUAUAAAUUUUAAUCAGAUACUCUGGAAAUCUUCGAGGAGAACAAUAUAGGUUAAUAUAUGAUUGGAGUAGAAGCCUAAGAUUGUAUUUAUGAAUUGUUAUUACAUCUUGGUGGAUUUAAAUUACAUUACAUAUAGAAUGGAUAACACAUUGACUCAGUCAUUAAUGAUAAAGUUAAGUAUUAUUAUAUGAAUAGCCAUUAAUAAUCAUUCAGAAUAUUGAUUUACAAUAUUAGGAACAUAAUAGGAUCGAUAAGUAUUGAGGAGUAAGAUGAAAUAAUAGAGUUGUCUAAUAACAAUGAUCUAUUUGGAGGAGUAAUUUAAAUUGAUAAAAAUUUGUGUGAUUCUUGCACAUAUAUUUUGAACUUAAAUCCCAUAAGAUUAACAAUAUUAUCAAUUCUUCUAACAUAUAAUAAUAUUGCUUAAUAAAUUGAAUAUGGUAGAAUAUAUUAUGAUUAUUGUUUGAAUAAUUGUGAAUUCAAUCUUUAACUAGGAGAUUUGAAUCUAUUUGUAUAUUCAAAAUCUAUUUAAUUGACAUUCUAUACAAAAUAAUUAAAGGAAAUAAACAAAAUGAAUCUGGGUUAUUCUCAUAACAUAAUUGCAAUAAAUGAAACUAGCUAAUUAAGAAUUGGUAAGAAUUCAUACUAUUCGAUUCAUUUGAGCAAUUCAGACAGUGUUACUGUCUUAUAAUUAGGUCGAGUAUUUAUGGGUAAAAAUACAAAGGAAAAGAAUAAGAUUUAAUUUACAUUUUAAAUAGUAGGAAUGGAUUAAGAUUAUGCAAUAUAAGUAUCGAGUUAAUCAGAUAUUAUGAUUGAUGUUUAUGACGUAGAUUCAACAAGGAUAAUUCCAAAAUCGGAAUUAAGAAUGAAUAAAUCAAAUAGGAGAUUAAUUUAUUAAUUUAAUGAUAUAUAAUAACCAUACAAAAUAGUUCUUUAUUGUAAUGACACUUAUCAUUUAAUAAUGGAUGUUUACAAUAAUGAGAAUUAAAUAAAGUAUAUUAAUUUUAAUAGUCAUUAUAUUGAAAUAAUUGAAGACACUCAAUAAUACAAUAUAUAAACUAUAGUUGGAGAGGAAAUAUAAUUUGAGAUAUUGGAUUGUUUGGGAAAGAGUGAAAUGAAGAGAAAUUCUGUUGCAUCUUAGAGAGAAAUGUUCUUUAAGAUUAAAUUAAGAGAUAGAAGUGAACCAUUUCCAUUUAGUAUAUUGAGUUUGGUACCACAUUUAUAAUAUUCACAUGAUCAAUGGUACUUGAGGAAUUAAAGAUUAUAAGUAAUUGAAUUAUCAAAUGAACAAAUAGAAGUAAAUAUCAAUACUAUGAGAAGAAGAAAGACUGGCAAUUUAAAUAUAAAGAAAUUGAUGUAAGAUAUAUAAAAUAAGUUAUAGUUAUAAGUUGCAUAUCUCUAAUCGAAAAGAGUUGUUGAGAGCUAUGGGGUGUGAGAUAGAUAUAGAGUUUCUAUAAAGUUAUAUUGGUAGUUCUAUCUUCUACAAUUCAUCAAUUUAAGAAGUGAAAGAGAAAGAGGAAACUGUGUAAUUUACAGGUAUUCUAGAGAGAGUAUGUUGUAGUACUAAAAAACAGAGAAUCAAUAUAUGGUUUACUUGUGUUUUAAGUCUAUUAUGAGAAUAAGGAAAUUCCAUAUACUUAUUUCUAUGAUGUCUAUUUAAUAUAUAAUGCAUCUGAAUUAUCUCAUAUGAAGAGUAAAGAGGAAGUGAAUAAUAAAGAGGAAGACUGGAAAUUAGAUUAUAUAUUAAUAGUAAUUGGAAUAAGUUUGAUAUUGGCUAUCAGUUUAAUAUGUUUAUGGAUAUGUCUACCUGAGUAGUAAUAGUAAUAGAAAAGAAGAGAAUUACAAGAGAUGUAAGAAUAAUAAACAGAAUUAGUUAAAUUUAAAUGA